AUGGCUCAAAACUUCUCCUACGUCGACGAAGAUACUGCCAGUAUCUUCAACAAACCUCCACCCCCAUUUGGUCGAGCCCUUCUGCCCUAUUUCGCCAUUGACCCUACCCACACAAACCUCAAUAGCGGUUCCUAUGGAAGUACACCCAGAAUUGUGCUCGACGCAGCACAGCAACUCACUCGCAGGAUCGAGGCUAAUCCUGACAAGUUCCACCUCCUCGAGUACAAGCCUCUCCUCGUCAAGACUCGAACCCAGAUCGCCUCCAUGAUCGGGGCGCAGACCGACGAGGUCGUCCUGGUCAUGAACGCGACCCUCGCUAUCAACACAGUUCUCAGGAACUUCAACUGGAAUGAAGGCGACCUAAUCCUUACCUGUAGCACGUCUUAUAUGGCGGUAUCAUCGACGGUGCAAUGUCUAGCGGCUACCCCGCCCCACCCAAGAAUAGCCAACCUCGAGCUGCGCUUCCCCAUGUCGCACGACGAGAUCCUCACUAAAUUCGAGGCCUUCCUCAAAUCCAGCCAAAACCAGGUCGGCCCUCGAAACAAACGGAUCGCCAUCAUCGAAAGUAUCGUAUCUACCCCUGGCGUCCUGAUGCCCUGGCAAGGGAUGGUCAAGCUUUGCAGGGAAUACGGCGUUUGGAAUCUCGUCGACGCUGCGCAUUCGAUUGGACAUGAACUGGACCUCGAUCUUGGCACUAUCCAACCUGACUUUUGGGUAUCGAGCUGCCACAAGUGGCUAUACGUGAAGAGACCAUGUGCUGUGCUCUAUGUCCCCUUCCGAAACCAGCAUAUUAUCAAGACUGCGUUUCCCACAAAUAGCGCUUGGUUAUCCUCUCCGAACAAAAAGACGGGCGUCAACUUUGUGGAGCAGUUCACUUGGAACGAGACCAUUGAUUACACACAAUACCUCACUGCUGUUAAUGCUCUCGCAUUCCGAAAAUGGCUGGGUGGUGAACGAGUCAUCAACACCUACUGCCACCAACUCGCCAUGGAGGGCGGAAAGCUCCUGGCAAAGAUUCUCGGUACGACGGUCCUGGGCUGCGACGGCGAUCGCGCUGUAAACAUGACAAACGUCCGGUUGCCCUUCCCUGGCGAUGUCCCCUGGACAUGGGACCUCGAUCGCAUGUUCAAGCAAAAGAUGAUAGUUGACAGGCGGAUCUACUCGGUCGUUUACAACCACAACGGGUCUUGGUGGACUCGAUGCAGUGUGCAGGUUUUCAAUGAGCUCCGGGAUUUCGAGUUGCUGGGGAGGGCAUGGCUCGAAGUUUGCAGCGAGAUGAUUGAUGAAAUCGGGUACAGCAGGAAGAGUGUCGACGUACGGAAACGAGGCUAA